AUGGCCCAUGGACGCAUCCAGGCAGCUCUGGGCAAGCACCACUAUGCCUUCAUCAAGAAGGUUGGCGAGGGCUCCUUCGGAGCGGCCAUCCUCUGCCAGCACGAUACCGACAAGGAGCGCGACACCAAGGCCAUCGUGAAGAUGAUAGACAUCAGCCGUGCUUCCAAGCAAGAGAAAGACGAUGCCUUGAAAGAAAGCAAGGUGCUGGCUUCUUUGAAGCAUCCGUACAUCGUCCGGUACAGAGAGAGCUUCAACGAGGAUGGCUGGCUUUGCAUCGUCAUGGACUACUGUGAAGGAGGUGAUCUCUCGGGAAGAAUAAAGAAUGCAAGGCAGUCGUCGAAGAUCUUUCCACAGGAUCAGGUCGUCAGGUGGUUUACCCAGGCCAUUCUCGCCUUGAAGUAUAUCCACGACCUUCACAUCCUCCACAGAGAUCUGAAAUCCGGGAAUUUCUUCUUGUCGAAGAGCGGCAAUAUCAAGAUGGGUGAUUUCGGCAUCGCCAAGGUCCUGGAAUGCACUGCGGCAUGCGCACAGACGCAGAUUGGCACGCCGUAUUACCUCUCACCAGAGAUAUGCCAUGGCAAGAACUAUGCCUGGAGCUCCGACAUUUGGAGCAUGGGGUGCAUCCUCUACGAGAUGUGUGCCAGGAAGGUGCCGUUCGACGCGCCAGAUCUGAAGAGCCUCAUCCACAAGAUCACCAAAGAGCCGGCACCGGAGAUCUCCGCGGACUACUCUGUUGGAGUUCGCAACCUUGGAAAGGAGCUGCUGGACAGGGACCCCAACAAACGUCCGCCUGCCGCCGAAAUCCUGAAGCGACCGGUCGUACAGGAAAUGGUGAGGAGGAUGCUCGACGAGGUGAAGGGCGAAGCUGGGGAGGAGGAGGGCGACAAGCCGCCCCCUCCACCGGCACCGACAGGUGGUGCUGCAGCCUCCAGCGUGGCCGGGCCGUAUGGCAGCAACGCAGGCAAGUACACCAAGGGCGAGCUGGUUGAAUACUACAGCGAGACGCAUGGUGAGUGGCUACCUGCCACGGUGACUGCGGCCAACGAUGACGGCCGAGUGCAGCUGAACGUGAAGCCGGGCGUUUGGAUCUCUCUGGAGAUCCAGGGUGCCAAAGUGCGACCUCGACAGUCGGCGCAAGCUGCAACGCCAGCAAGCGGAAAGCCCCCGCCAGGAGGCGGCAGCCCUGCCCAUCGAGCUCCUGAGAAGAGGGAAGGGGCGCUCCAACGGCAGGCCAGUCGAGAUGGUCCCGCCCCACGCGGCCCGGGCAGCAGCCCUGCCCGGGGCCCCUCGGCAGAUCGGCGAGGCCGCACUCCACAGGGUCGGGCCGCGAGUCCGGCUGGCGCGGCUGGAAUGCCGUCUGCGAGAGGAAACAGCCGCGGCCGAGGUUGA